AUGGCCACUUCCCUGCCGAAUCACCGCUACCGCUCUCCUGUUGCAGUGAAAAGCGAGGAUGAAGACGGCAGCCACUCGCACGGCAAAGGCGGCGAGGACAGCAAAGACCACAAGCGCUCCAAGCGGCCGCGCACCAUCCUCACCACGCAGCAGCGCCGGGCCUUCAAGGCUUCCUUCGAGGUUUCCUCAAAGCCUUGCAGAAAGGUAAGAGAAACCCUGGCAGCCGAGACGGGCUUGACCGUGCGAGUGGUACAGGUCUGGUUCCAGAACCAAAGAGCCAAGAUGAAGAAGAUCGCUCGCAGGCAACAGCAGCAGCAGCAGCAACAGCAGGAGCAAGACCAGUUGGGCAACCCUCGCUUAGGGACCGGGAGAGGGACCGGGCGCAACAGCCGGCAGAGCAACGAUGACAGCGAAGACGGCGCCAGCGUUCACGGCCUGGAUGGGCUCAUGGUCCCCUACCCCAGGAUCCCCCAGCAGCAGCUGCUGCCCCUGGAGCAGAACGGCUACAGCACGGAUUUGUACCGACAAGGGCUGACGCCGCCUCAGCUGCCCGGAGACCACCUGCACCCCUACGACUCGGAAGGCGUUUUCCACGACAUGGACAGCGACAGCAUCAGCCACCUGGGGGACUGCUUGCUCUCCACGGCCGAAGCCAACCUCCUCCAAGCCCGGGUGGGCAACCCCAUCGACCGACUCUACUCCAUGCAGAGCUCCUACUUCACGUCCUGA